UGAGCGAAAUGCUGUGUGAUCCUGCGAAUUAUCAAUAAUCACUUUUUAUUUUCACCCCCCAAACCCCAAACCCAACCUUCACGAAAACGAACAUCCAAAAACCCUCUUUUUCCGCAACGGCAAUGAGGGCGACGAAGGAGUUGUAAAUAUUACGUCCCAAGUUGGCGAAAGUCACUCUUUUGAAUUAUCAGGUACCCGUGGAGCGCUGUAGACGCAGCUGCAACAAAAAGGGCGCGCCAUGAACGACGCUGAGCCAUCACUCUUUCUGGCCAGACACGAGUAUGCAUACGGGCAAUCUCACCACAAUCAUUUAAAACAGCAUCAAAAAUUACACAAACGACAAACGACGGUAGUUGAAACGGCAACAGCUGAGGCCUCCGCCAUUACAGAAGUCAUUCAAACGAUAUCCGUGGUCCAACAGGUUGAUGUCGAUGCCGAUGGAUCGACCAUUGCGGUCCAGACCCGUCCAGCGACCGACUACUCGUCUUUGACACUACAAGCUGCAACAACAACUACUGCGACCUCUUCGAAAAAAGAAAAUUCUUCUGCUGUCUCUACAGUUCUUGGAGCUCAACCUACAUCAUCGGGCCAAGUCAUCCUAUCGUUAUCGUCGAGCACUGAUGUGACUUCGACUUCCACUCCUUCUACUAGCUUUUCUACGCUCAUUCCUAAUUCUAAUUCAACUACAUGUAAGCUAACCUAAGUCUUCACGCAAACAAUAAAUUAAUGGUAUGGUAUUAGUAAUUUCUAGCUCAUUUCCAAAUUCGACCCCAGGCCCAGUAUCAAUCUCGCUUUCAGGCUCAACGUCAAGCUCGACAACGUUAUUUUCCAAUGCAACCGCUUCCCCUUCAAUCUCCUCCUCAUCAUCCACAGCUAAUACUACCAAACUUUCUUUUACUGAUUCGACUUCGACAUCCUCAUUCGCAACCUUUACAUCGACGACAACACCUUCCUUCUUGUCAUCACCUGUAUUUCUUUCUUCGGCUGCAUCGUCGACAACCUUCAGCUCGACCACGCCCUUGUCUUCGUCCUUGUCUUCGUCCCCGUUUUCGUCCUCAUUCUCGUCAUCUCAAACAGAUUCGACUAGCAGUAGCGCUUAUGUCGGUGGAGGUACCGAAACUAGUUCGGCAUCCGGGAGUAGCAGUGCUACAGGGGCUGCGGUUGGUGGGAGCGGUGGGGAUGGCAAUGGGACAGCUGAAAGUUCGACACCAUCUACAUCCACGAUAGUUGGGGGUGUAGUUGGUGGGAUAGCUGGGCUCGCUGCACUUCUCUUUAUUUUGAUGUUUGUGUUGAGAUGGAAGAAGAAGAAUGGCGGGAUGUUAUCAAUUGGAAGUGUACCUCCUUCGACGGUCGCCGGUGGUGGAAGGGGUGCAGGAGUUGGCGGGAAUGACGGUAGUGGUUCUGCAGGUCAAUCCCAAGGUUUUUCUAAUCAAGCUCCUCGUAGCAUGACGGAGCGCAGAUCACUCGCUAUGGCCGUGCCUGCAGCGCUGGCCAGCCUCUCGAAAUCUAAGCGAUCAUCUCAAAACACAGCCACUAAUACAGUUUCAUCAGCAGGAAGUGAAAGAGGCUUCUAUAGGGUAUCUGGUAAGAAGCUUCCAUCUGUCUUACAACAUGGAGGUGACGGAUUCGGUGAACCAAAUUCAAAUACGAUGAGCGGAUCAUCGUUUUACCCCUCUGGUGUACCUGCCAUCCCUAUCUCGAACACUUUAAGUGGCACCUCAUUCUACCGAGAUUCUCAGGGAUUCUAUGGAGGACAGCCAAGCCCACCUCUCGAACCCCCAAAUAGAGACUCUGGAGUCCCGGUCAUGAGGCCAAGCCCGGCAAGAACCCCGAUUACGGAACAUGGCCCUUUUACAGAGCCACCUGGGCCUAUACCCCCGAGGCCGGAUCUUCUGGGUCGUUCACUUCCCUCACAAGAUGGUUCCCACGCCUCAAGAUUUACAGAAGAAGUCUGAAAUAAGACACCUCUGAGAUUGUACAGGAUUUUGGUUGGAGGAUAGCCGGCAUUGAUAUAUGUGAAGCUCUUUUUGCUUUUCCGUAGUUAUUGUGGGGAUCCCGCCUUGGAUUGGACCUGCUUAGGGCUGUCCUUGGAUAUUUAAUGCACCUCUGCAUUUGGGUUUGGCGUUUUUGUCCUGAUAUGUAGGACUUUUGAUACCAGUGAGCGCUUGAGGAUUUAUCUGAUUCGCUUCUUAUGUUACGACGCCUCUCGGCAACAAUCAGGAGGGAAUAGUGGAUUUAGGAUAGCCAUUUCUCCUGGGAUCGGUAUUAAACUGAUACCUGUUCUUUUUCUCGUGGUAAAUUUAAUGAUCUUGUUGGAUAAUAUAGGCGCCACUUUGUAGCAUCAGACGAAUGGCUAGGAUAUAAGAUCAGAGAGGGUGGGAUAAAAGAUAAUGUCUUUCUAUGUAUGAAACUCAACGUGCCAAUUGGAGCUUAAGUGCAUCGUGCCUGACAAGUUUCUGAAGCCAACUCGGGUUGUACAACAAACACCAGAG